AUCGAGAAUGUCCGCAACAAAUAAUACAAAGUACCAUUUCCACAUUAGUUCUAUCAACUUCAUCUGAAAAUUUUAACCAAAUCAGAAAAGAGACUUUAUAUCCAGAAUCUACCACUCUCAAUACAGAAACAAAAAAGAGAAGAUCCAAAUCUCGGACUAAUUCUGUAUUAUAUAAUAAUAAGCUCCACUCUUACAUAUCUGAUUCAACACCUACUAAUAACUCUAUAAAAAAAAUAAGUAGUGAAGAUCUGGAUGCAUUAUAUGAAAAAGAAGCCAGAAAAGAUGAAAAAAAUAAAGCAAAUAUGACUUGUUUAUUAGCUACUACUUAG